CUUUUUUGCUUUUGUUGUUUGUUGUGUUGACAGAAUCGCAUUCAUGGUGUAGUCAGCUUGCUUGGCAGCUGAAACGCCGACAACCGGAGGGCGCGAUCCUUCGCACGCCGAAUGAGUCGUUCCGAAUUGGAACGAGAUGCGAGCUGCGUCGUUGUCGCAUCUCAUAAACUGUUGCUGCAACAAGUGCGGCUUUUGCAACUUCUUCACCUUCAUCAUCAUCACAUUGACGGCCGCCGAAAUGAAUCCGAGCGACUUUAACAACCGCCGCUGGGAUCGCGACGACUACUACGUCACCACCGAUCCGUCGCAGAUCUCUGUUGCCGCUCUCAUCGACAUUUACAACUCGGAUGUGUUUUACUGGGCAAGCGCAAUGCCUGCCGAGUACAUGGAGGCCACGUUGCGCAAUUCACUAACCUUUUGCAUCUUCUCCAAGACGACUGGAGCGCUCACCGGCCUUGCGCGCUGCGUGACCGACUACACAACCUUUAUGUAUCUGACCGACGUCUGGGUAGAUCCGGCACAGCAGGGCCAGGGACUGGGCAAAUGGAUGUUGACAUGUAUCAACGAGGUAAUUGACGAGAUGCCUCACCUGCGCCGAUGCAUGCUCUUCACGACGAACUGGGAUCGAUCGGUGCCGCUGUACGAGAAGACGAUGGGCAUGGAGGUGAUUGAAGGGCGGGCGUUGGCGACAAUGGAAGUCAAGGGACGAGGCCAUCCCAAGUACGGACAAAAAGGAAGCUCAUACACGUGAAGAAAGGUAACAAGUUGGAAAAUGCACUCGGAGAUGCGAACUUUAGACGAAUAGAAAUCGGCUAGUCAUGACCCAAUGACGUUCACCCCGGCCACUGGCGCUGCACAAUACAAUACCAUACGAUCAAAACUCGCUUCAAUUACAAGGGACCCUAUGCGAAAGAUUGAUUUACCGACCCCUCUAGCGACCCCCAAGCUAGAGCGUAAGCAAGUGCCGUUUGAUCCGGCCACGGGCCAUCACCUAGCGAAAGGUGCCCACGACAGUGGAUCAAUGCGCUAUUUCCGACCAACCUUUUAGCUGUUUUCUAGCGUACAGAGGUAAGACAAGGCAUUUUAUGGAUUGCCAUCUUGGCUUGGCAUCCACGGGGUUGACUGGACACGGGGUAAGCCAAAUUGCAUCGCCAAGUUUUUUUUAAGUGGUGAUGUUAAAUGCGCCAUGAUUCCGG